AUGGCUGUUUGUCAUAUGUUUACUCUUGUUUUAACAUUUCAAGGAUUUUUAGCAAGUACGUGUUCUAUGGUAAAACUAAUUAAUGGAAGCUACCAGAAUGUUGUUAUAGCAAUUCAUCCUGAAAUCCCUGAGAAUGAUAUAAUUGUUGAAGAAAUCAAGCACUUAAUGACGGAAGCCAGUGGUUACUUAUUUAAUGCCACAAAUAAAAGGCUUUUCAUGAAGAGUGUGAAUAUAUUGAUUCCCCGAACUUGGUCAUCCAAAAGUACCUACUUGAAACGAAACAGAGAAACAUAUGACAAGGCUGAUGUUAUUAUUGCAAAGCCUUUACCAAAAUUUGGAGAUGAUCCCUAUACUUUACAGUACAGAGGCUGUGGACAACAAGGAGAAUAUAUCCACUUAACACCAAACUUCUUGCUGGAGGACAAACUGGUUUCCAUUUAUGGACCUCGUGGGAAAGUAUUUAUCCAUGAAUGGGCCCACCUUCGUUGGGGAGUCUUUGAUGAGUACAAUAUUGAUAUCCCUUACUAUAUUUCUAGAGAGCUUAAAGUGGAAGCAACAAGGUGUUCUCUUGCUCUGAAUGGUACCAGCAGAGUUAAGCAGUGUACAAAUGAAUCUUGCACAACAAGAGCUUGUAAAAUUGAUGGCAGAACUGGUCUUUACGAAGAGGAAUGCUUGUUUUUCCCAGAGUAUAAACAACUUGUUAAAGAAUCCAUCAUGUAUAUUCAGGCCAUACCCUCUGUUUCUGAAUUUUGUAAUGACAGCAAUCAUAACAUAGAAGCGCCAACACUACAAAACCGAAUGUGUAAUUUACGUAGCACUUGGGACGUCAUUAUGAGUUCCCCUGAUAUGAUUUUCAACCCUCCAAAUGAUUUCAUGAUUACACCUCCUGACCCUACAUUUUCACUACUGCAAUACAGAGACAGAGUUAUUAACCUGUUACUCGAUGUGUCUGGAAGUAUGAAAAACAAUGACAAGAUACUUCGACUGUAUAAAGCAGUAUAUUUAGUCCUUACUCAGAUUAAAAUAGGUUCUUUUAUUGGAAUUAUUGAGUUCUCUGAUACAGCAACUGUUAUUUCACAACCAGUUCAAAUAAAAAAUGAAUCUGACCGUGAGAACCUAAAAUCACUUCUUCCAAAGACAGCAACAUACAAAACAUCAAGCCUUUGCCCAGGAAUCUUAUCAGCAAUUGAGAUGAACAAAAGAGAUAAUGACUCUUCGAAUGGUACAGAAAUAGUUCUGGUAACCGAUGGUGAAGAUCCUUUUAUUAACUGCUUUGAUGAAAUAAAUGCAAGUGGAGUCACAAUUCAUACCAUUGCCCUGGGAUCAGAGGCAGAGGAAACACUUGAAAAAAUAGCAGAUAUGACUGGCGGAAGUCGUUAUUUUGCAUCAGAUAAAUUAGAAUCUAAUGAUUUAAUAGAUGCUUAUUAUGAAAUAUGCAAUAGAAAUGAAGAUGGUCUACAACAUACAGUUCAGCUUGAAAGUGCCAGUGCAAUUAUUCAGCCUCAAGAGUGUUUGAGUGGCACUGUAUUCAUCGAUAACACAAUUGGAAAUUCUACUCUCUUUUUUGUUAUUUGGCAAAUUUCAGUUCCAACUAUCAGUUUGAAAGAUCCAUACAAAAAAAUAUACACUGAGACAGAAUUCAUCAAUGAUGCAUCAUCAAAUUCAUCCAGGCUUGAAAUUCCUGGAACAGCAGAGAGAGGAUUAUGGCAGUACGACAUUUGCAAUAAUAACAGUUCAAGUCAAGCAUUUGGUGUAAUUGUGACAUCCACGGCAACAGAUGAAAAUGUCCCCCCGUUGGCUGUAAAUGUCCACAUGAGUAAGGAUAUAUAUGUGUAUCCUGAACCAAUAAUUGCCUAUGCAACAGUGAAGCUGGGGCUUUUACCUCUAACAGGAUUAAAUGUUACAGUGAUUAUGGAGGGAGAAUAUGGAACUUCGGAGAGCCUACAACUUUUGGAUAAUGGAGCAGGUGCUGAUGUUGCAGUAAAUGAUGGGAUCUAUUCAAGAUAUUUCACUGCGAUUAAAAUGAAUGGAAAAUAUAGCUUAAAGGCUUUUGUGGAAGGUAAAGAGAAUAAAAGCAGGGGGGCAUUACCCAGAAAUCCUGCUCUUUACGUGCCUGGCUUCGUUAUAAAUGGUGACAUUAUCGUAAACCCUCCUCGACCUGUAUUUAAUGAUGAUGACCUUCAGCUUAAUGUUGGUGCCAUUAAAAGGGUGGCUUCUGGAGGAUAUUUUGUGAUAACUGGUGUUCCACUUAAUUAUCAAAUCAGCUAUAAGCCAGACAAAAUAAAUGAUCUGAUGGCAAAGAUUGAGGAACACACAAUAGUGCUGUCUUGGACAGCCACUGGUGAUGAUCUGGACCAAGGAAAAGGUACGUGA